UGAGGCAGCAAGGAUUGAGGAAAGGAAGAAGAGGAUGAUCAUGGAGGUGCAGGAGAUUUUUGGGGAGUACUGAUGGUGACAGGGGGAUUUGUGAGUGGGAAGGGAGUGAAGAUUGGAAUGGGAUAGGAAGGAGGUGGAUGAGAGUCAGAAUCUUGGAUGUGCUAAAGUUUUGAAGGAGGAUUGUUGAAGAAGUUUGAACAGGCUAGGCAAGCUGAAAUUAGGGUCUGAUGGAGCUUUUAAGAGAUAUUUUAAAGAUACUGAGAAGGACAACUUAUGUAUUCAAACUCAGUGAAACUCCCCUCUUGAGAGUGAAAAGAGCAAAGGAUUAGCCUGGUACACUAUUAAAGAAAAGAUAAAGAGUGAUGAGGCCCAUCCAGCAUCUUUAUCUGAGCACACUCAGCUGCCCAAAAUGUUCGACGAUUCUUUCUGUCCAGAGCAUUGGUACACUCAAAAAGAAGGAAAAUUAGUAGGUUUUUAUACCCAAAGAGAACGCCGAAAUAAAAUUAAACAUCUGAAGCACAAACUUUCUAAGCACAGAAGAACAUGACCAGUAAACAAACAAUUCAAAGGAAGAAGCCAUGCAGCUCGGGGUAAGACCAGGAUUCGUGGUAAAUUUGUCAAGUCUGAACUUGCUGAAAAAUAUGCUGUUGACGAUAAAGUUCUUCAUCAGAGGAAUAAGAUGAUUGAUGAGUAUGUCCAAAAGCGAGACUACCAAAAAGCUGUAGAAGUUUUAACAGAAUAUUAACUCAAUUUUAUUAAUUUCUUCAUAACUACAUCUAUGAUAAACAGUCUUUAAUGAUCUCAAAGUCUAUAUUUUAUUCCUAGGAUAUUUAGAAGAUGAGUAGUAAACAGUUCCUUGAAUUUUACAUAAAAUGUGCAAAGAUCUUUGAUAAGAAGAAUUAAAAAUCUGACGAAAAUAUUAAAAUUUCCUUUUUCUUUUUUGAGGCUCAGGUUUAGAAGAGUUUAUACACUUCGAUACUUUUUAGGGCUGCUUAAUAUUUCUUGUGUGCAAAGUCUUUUUUACUGUUUUAUGUUAUUAUUAAUAAUCUUUUUGUACUCUAAGCUCUAAUAUUCGGGCAGUUCAGCUUGUUUAUUUUUAAAUUGGUACCUUUGCUGUGCAUGUUUGAGAGAAAUUUAGUAUUAUUUUUAGAGUUUAAGGGUGUUUUUUUCAGGUCAAUUUAAUGAUGCUCUUUGUGAUCAAUAAUAGAAAGAAAACAUGCUGGCUUAGAUAGACCUGAGAUAAACUUUUCUUUAUAAAUUUUGUGAUCAGGGAUGCCUUCUGUCUAAUUUUAAACUCUUCCUUCUAUAAAUAAGCAUAAUCAUUUGGAAUUUCUGGCUUUAAAUCCUUCUUAAUUUUAAAGAAGGUUUAAUCUGGCUGCUUGAGAAUUUAUUAAAAGUUUAUGAUAUAACUUCUUGUGGAAGAUAGCAAAGAUAUCUAACUGGUCUACUAUUAUGCCUUGUUAAAACGUGUAGAUUGCUAAACCACACAAUUCACUUAGUAUAACAGCUUCAUAAACUAUUUAACUGGGAUAUCUCUUUGGCAUUAGCAUUAUUUUGAAUUUUUAGCAAAGAUUGUUAUGGUUUAAAUUUUUUAUAUUAAACUGAUGAAUUCAUAUCUUUCUUUCAAAGCUGACAAUAGAGCAUUUAACUUAAAUGAUCAAGGAUAGGUAAGCAAAGCUUCAGAAGUGGUCUGAGGACCUCAAACUUUUAAGAUACAGUUUUAUCUUAAAUAUAUCAUCAUUUCCGAUAAGACCUGACUAAAAAGAACGAUUUUUCGAACAUUUUACUCAAUCCCAAUCAAUACCUCCACCCAAACUCCACUAAUCCACAACCCCAAAAAUCUCCUCAUCACACUAAAAACAAUCCAAU